AUGGCCGAGGACGUACCAAGGGCCUACGGCGGCGGUAAAAUUAAAACACGACAUAACCCCAGUACGAGAAAGUUCAGUCCUUACACGGUAACUGAGAGAGGAGUAGAUAAGAAAUAUGACAGAAUACUAGGAACUCUCUAUGGUCAUGUUGUGGGUGAUGCAGUCGGCCAUCUUACAGAAGGUUUAUCUAAAGAGCAAGCUCAGAAGGCGUAUGGUUCGGUGAGUAAACAGCUGGAACUAGUUCACAAGAAGUUAGUUCAGGACACCACCCGCAAAAAAUGGGCAUUAUGUGACUGGACUGAAGAAUCAGAUAUGAUGCUUAUUGUUCUGGAGUCACUGAUUUAUCGGAAAGGAAAGAUCGAUUUGAGGGAUCUGGCCAAACGUUUCAUGGACUGGUGUGAAAGAGGCUUCCAAGAAUUGAAUGAUGUUUGUGGACAGGGUUUGGACUCUUACACUAAAUCUGUCAUAGCGCAUGCCCAGUUCUCAGAAGCACCUAAAGAUGCUGCUGUGAUUUGCUGGAGAAAUGGGCUACAUCAGAUGGCAGCUGGGAAUGCAGCAGUUGCCCGUACAUCUGUGCUGGGAGUGCAUAUGCAUCAUUCACAUGCUAAAGUCAUUCACAACACCACAGAGUUAUGUGCUCUCACACAUCCUGAUCCACAAUGUCAGGCCUCAUGUGUUGCAGUGACAACAGCAAUAUCUUUGAUGAUGCAGAAGAAACAUCUCAAGAAAAAUGGUCAGGUGGAUGUGGAUGAGAUUAUAAAUGAGAGUUACAGUUAUGCAUCGUACUGUCUUGUGGGAAGGCCUGUGCAAGAAUUCAAAUCACUGAAACAGCACAUGACAGCAACAGCCCUCAAGGAUCUGAAGCUGAGUGACAUCAGUCAGAUGUCCUUCACUUACAAGGCUUUAGGUGCUGGCUUCUGGGCUCUGAAACAGAAAGACUACAGGACAGCUAUUCAGGACAUAGUGAUGCAAGGUGGUGAUGCUGAUGCUAAUGCUGCAGUAGCUGGUGCUAUGUUAGGCUGCAAACUUGGUUAUUCAGCACUUCCAGCAUCUUGGUUGGAAGGUCUGUGCAACAAGGGCUGGCUUGAUGACCUAAUCAAUAGAUAUUUACAUAUGAUGGAACAAAAGCAACCCCUACAGUAA